AUAGUUGAGUGUUACGGCGCCCUAUUACCUAAUGCAUGGUUGGCUACUAAAUUGAGAUUGCGUCUUGGUGUAGCCUAACGCAUUGCAUAGCUGUAUUUUUCGGACUGAAUAAGCAACUGAUAAUGUUUCAUCACAACUCUGAAUGCAGUAGAAUAUAUGCUUUCCAUAAGCAAGUAUCCUAAAGGUCACAUUGACAUGUUUCUGAACGGCAUGCCUCUGGAUGUAGUCUAUUAUUGGUAGGGUGGCAAUGGCCGGUAGACAAAUGAGCUCAUAAACUGUACCGUUUCAAAAAUUACAUUUUAAAAGUGGAUUAUUGUUCACUGCAGAAUAAAAAAAAAUGGAUAGGGCACCGCCUUCUACGAUUCAAAUGUAUGGCAGUUUAUUAGCUAAUAAGGGGGUUGCAAAAUGAAAACAUAUGACAUCAUCAGGCUCCUUGCCAUGGCGAGACACGCUUCCUCUUUUGCCCAAACCACUUAUGGCCACCCUCAAUUCACAAAGACGGUUAAUCUAAAUAAUUACUGUAUUGAAAAAACAUAUCAUACUAUCCGUGUGAAUAUGGUACUGAUAGUAACGUCAGUGCAUGUCGCUGAUAAGCUAUAAUUGUAGGCAACAUCACGAUUCUCUACAAUGGAAGAUAUUGAGAGAAAAAAUCUGCAGAGCGGCUUACGUGACCGGUGUUUAUUUUAGGAGCCCAACUCAUUAUUUAUAAGGCAUAGCAGAUGACGCAUAAACUAGGGGAAGCUAUGCAACGCGUUUAUCCUUUUGUUUCAGAAGUCCAAACUGAACGUUUGAAGCAAACUAGGCUUUCAAACGGAUCGAUAAUAAUAUACUGAAUUUACUUAUGCUAUAGUAGUCCGUUCAAUGUGGGCGGUUCGACUAUGUAUUCACCAUAAAAACAAUUGAUGAGCUAAUUGACUGACGUUAGGCCUACUGAUUUGUCUAUCUAACACGUAUUUAUUUUGGUGUCACUAUGGCAAAGAAUAUUUCACUUUUCAAGUAACUCUGUCUUAUACGUUCAAUUAUUGUUUAUUAACUUUUUAGUGAACAUUGUUAGUAUUUAUUUACACAUCCGGGAGUGUGUCGACCUAUACUGUAGUCCCUCCUUCUUAGCUUGAGUAUUGGGAGGCGGUGCUGUCAGUCACUUCACUGGUCCGUCCUUCUAGUGACGUUCUCAUCCCAAAGCAGUCAGGCUAGUCCAUCACGCACACAAAGACUACAACAAAGACGAAAGAAAUGCACACCAUAGCUGAUACACAAGACUGUCAGCUAAAAUCUAUUCAUGUUUUUUUCGGACAGUUUCUAUAAUUUGACAAGUUAGAGGGGUGACACCAUCUUCGUUGUGCCAUGAAAACUACUGAUAUCAACUAGGCUACAUCGAAAGACGUAUGUGAUAGGCUUCGUUCUGAGAUCAAAUUCAGGUGGUUGCAAUUUCUCCUGUGGUGUUUGUGUGGAACGUGCCACACACCCACUCCAGAACAACGACGGCUUUUGCUUGCAUCUUCCAGUGUUUCUUCUGUCAGCAAGUCCAGCAAAGCUGCAACUCAUCCAGCGCCAGUCCUGAACCAAACGAGGAGCCACACGAGAGUGAGAUGGUGAAGAUGACCAAGUCCAAGACGUUUCAGGCAUACCUGCCCAACUGUCACCGGACAUACAGCUGCAUCCACUGCAGAGCUCACUUAGCCAACCACGAUGAGCUCAUCUCAAAAUCAUUCCAAGGCAGUCAGGGACGAGCCUACCUCUUCAACUCUGUAGUGAACGUGGGCUGCGGGCCUGCCGAGGAGCGGGUCCUUCUUACAGGUUUACACGCCGUAGCAGACAUCUACUGUGAAAACUGCAAAACCACUCUGGGCUGGAAAUACGAGCACGCUUUCGAGAGCAGUCAGAAGUACAAAGAGGGCAAGUUCAUCAUCGAGCUGGCACACAUGAUCAAGGACAAUGGAUGGGAGUGACCCCUCAGGAUCUUCUCUUCUCCUGUUUUGUGACCUUUUUGGUGGGGGGCGGCCCUGCAUCGGACUUCACAGGGCGACACACCAUCACACCAAACCACCCACCCCCCCAUCCCCUCCGCUCUCUCUCGCAUCCCCUCUCUUGACAACACACACCCCGGCCUCUCCCCCACCCCCAUCUUCCCUGGCCUCUGGCUUGUUUUGAAACUGCAUAGCAAGGACAUGGCAAGACAGACAGACAGAGAGUGAGCGAGAGACACAAGGGGACCUGACCGACCCCCCCCCCCCCUAGACCUCCAGUGUGGUCACAGAAACUUCGUUGAUGAUGAUUUUGGUGACAUCCAUGCCCUCUCUCUGUGGUCCGUGGGUGGUCAGACACUCGUUCCUUUUCCUUGUUCUUCUCUUCCACAGGUUUGGUGUGCUUUAACUACAUGUGUACUGCUAAUGUGUGAAACAGGCAAACAUUACUCAGAAGACUCUUCUUUGUUUUCAUGAACUGGGGGCAAGGUGGUGUCAUGUUAUAUUUUUUAUUUUACAUUUACAUUUUUUUCGUUGUUGCUGUUUUCAUUCAUCUUUUCUUUGAUGGCAGACUGAUGUUACUGGUUAGCAUUUCUCUCCUCCUGAGGCAGGUGUGUGGCCCGCCUCCUGCUCCUAAGCGUGCUUUCUCUUUGCGGUGUGAUUUGGGGUGGGGUGGGGUCAGCUGGGAUGGGGGUGGGGGGGUUGGAGUUAGGGGCUAGAUUUGAAUGGGAAGGCACGGAACAUGGAACAUUGGGAAGGGAUGGAAAAUGUAGCAGUUCUGAGCUAAGUUGUUUUCUUUUCUUUUCUUUUCCGUUUGAUGAUUUCUUUUGCAACAGGGAGAUUGGCGGCAUUGCAGUGGCAUGACGUUUUCUGUUGAUGACAUCCCUGUGUUUAUCUAUUGUAUUGUGAUUGGUGCCCACCCCUUGUUUCUCUUCCUCUGAUGACUUCACCGUGCUUCUCUGGGACCUUCCCAUCCCUGGUACCAGGAUGGCACCUCACGCUGUUGAGCAUUGUUCGCAGUACCUGGUGCUUUGUUCAAUUUUACAUUUGUGUUUUUUUUGUUUUUUUUGUGGUAUUGUGUGGCUGGUCCCAGUUUUUUUUUUUUUUUUUUUGCAGAACUAGAUGUGGAAAAAUAGGAUUUAAAAAAAAUAUAUAUCAAAGCAAAUUGAAUGCACUGGGCAGUAGGGGAAACUUGUCAAGCCGUGAGUAGAGUGCCCACGUCACUCCAAACUGUUUUUGUUCCCACCCCAACCACGCCAAAUGUGUCAUGUAGUGUAGCCUAACUGUUACAGAACGUGAAGCAGAAUAAUCCUAUCCACGCGUUAUGUUCACCCGUAUGCAGACGUGACGUACUCCCGCAUACACGUGUGAACAUCCUCAUGCAUACUGUGUAUUUGUUUGCGCAUUACAUUAUGGCAUACUUGAAUGCAGUUACUUUGUUUGCACUUUGCAGAGGCCUUGUUCAUGAGUUUAGAGGCAAAAGUCUGUCUGUCUGUCUUCUAUUGCCUUUUUCUCAUUGAUGAUUGAAUGAUUGUAUAAGAUGCUUUGAAUGCAGCGUAGGGCUGGAUGAUUGCAGGCAUAAUCAUCUCCCUAUAGCGACCUUCCUCUGUGUACCUCCUUCCUUUCUGAGCGUUAUGUGACGGCAAAGUCAAAGAAGGACAUUUGUUUUUGCUUUCCUGUUGCUCCAACGCAGUUUCUCUGAAGACACUAGCAGUUUUCUGAUUCACCUCUAUGUUCUGCACAUAGAUGCAUGACUCGAAGCUAACCCCCCCUUCCCCCCACCCUCUUUGAUGGAUAUGACAUUAUGUUUUUGCAAUAUGUUUUGCUGCUACUAGAGAGAUGCAAUCCCACAUGCUUUCACUUUUGAUCUUCUGCACUUUACCGCUGUCCGAGAGCAUACGAAUGGCUGUGUUGUCUCUAGAUGUUUCCAUGUCUUUGCCUCUAAGCAGCAUGAAUCAUGUGCCUCUUCAAAAAGAAAAAAGAAAAAAAAAGUCCCUCUCCUCUGUUGUGCAGUGCAUGACUCAAUGAACCCAGCACAUCUAUGGUAGCCCACUUGGGCACAAAAUGUAUCUUGGGGAAAAAAAACAAGCUUCAUUAAAACCUCACAGAACUAUAUCCAAUUGAGAGACUAUUGAAUACAAAUAGAAUCAUCUACUAUUUUGUCAUAAGUUUACCUGUCAAAGUUAUGAGCGCUACUAAAGGGUUUUAUUCCUCAGAGUUUAGUAGUAGUGGGACUUUAAUGGAGAGAGAGAGGGGGGAGGGGGGGUGUUAUACUCUCCUUCCAUUUAAAGAGGGUGGGGUCGUUUUUCGUAGGCUUGUAUUGAGAGUGAAUCCAAGCAGAUAGUUGAAUAGUACGGUGGGGGGGACGGUGGUAAUCAGCAGUGGAUGCUUCUCGGUGUUCACUGCCCAGGUCAGUCAGGUCACGUGACCUUUUAAUCAGUCAAAACAAAGACAAUGCAAACAUUAUAGGUAUAGUGGUAUCCUACUUGAAAAAAAAAAAACUUACAGACAAGACAUUGUCCCUGUUACAGUUUUUGUACAUAAAGUAACAUAUUUAAGGUUUUAUACAUAUUUCUACUGGGUUAGUUCCUUUUACUUCCCCGACUUGAAGCACUUUUGUUCACGUACCUCUGGCUUUAUGUGUAUGUUUGUGUGUGUGUGUGUGUAUGUUUGUGUGUGUGUAUGUCUGUGUGUGUGUGUGUGUGUUUUGUUACUUUCCCCUCAGUUUGAUUUCCAUUUUAAUUUUUUUUGCUUUUCCUUAUUUCCUUUCCUUAUUUCAUCUCCGUGUUUUAUCUUGUUUUUUUUAUUUCUGCUGUCACACUGAGUAGUCAGUGAGUGCUCUUGAAGCACUGUGGUGUAUAGAAGCCUGGACUCUGGAGCAUUUUUUACGAGGCGUUUUUCUUUGUGUGUGUGUGUGUGUGUGUGUGUUUGUUUUUCUUUUCUUAAGUUGUACCCUUUGGCGAAAGCCUAGUGGAAGUGAAGUCUGCUGGUCAUGUUUUAGUGUUGUGGACUGAAGGGUGGGGUGAGCUGGAUUCUCCUGCCGAUUCCCAGGAGAACAUCGACCAAGACCAUUUCUCGCAAGCUUUCCCUAAAGACUGUAAACAAACAAACAAAUACAAAUGAAAAGAAACAUUUGCUGAGGCCAGUGUCACUGUAAGUGCACACCAAAUAAUUUACUGUGCUCUACAGAGACUUAAAGGAUGAACGAGUCCGUGCUCCUCAAAUACAUUCACUAUCAAGAAUCUCACACUGCUGGAUACACUUGGAAAAACCAAAAAAAAAGAAAACAUGCUGUGGCCUCUCGUUUACCAAGUGUGACAUUCUGAAUAGAUGUAUAAGGUUUUGAAAUGUGUAUUCUAAACAACUGUAGUUUUUCUUUUCCCACGGCAGCAUCAGAAGGUGACGUUAGAUCUUUGAUGUUGGCUGCCAAAAGAGAUUGUGUAUCCCUAGCCAUUUUUUGUGACACUGGCUUCAAUCUUUUUUUUUUGUUUCAAAGAAAUGUUAAUCUAUAGGAUGUCGCUAAAGACAUUAGUCUAAGGCAUCAUAGGUAUGCAAAGGUAAAGAUUGUAAGUUUGAAGAAUAAUUUUCUUAGGACUUAAAAUAUAAGGUCUAAAGCAUGUGGUAUUUAUAAUGGCUCUGUUAAGUCGUGCCUGUUUUUUUUUUUCUUCAAAAAGCAAAGAAAUAUGCUUUUUUUUUUUUUUUUUUUUUUUUACUUGAUUACAUUGCUUUGCAUUCUGUCCUAGUAAAAUGUCACGUUUGUUUGUUUUUCACUGUAUUGUAAACUAUCAGAUAUCACAAUAAACCUUAAAUGGCA